AUGGCCUCUUCCGAUCUUCAAGCCAAGAAGAGCCGAAAGCGUAGUGACUAUGGAUAUCGUCAGGUGCAUCAGACAAGAUGGUUCGACAAUGACAUGUACGCACAUCUGAACAACACCGUCUACACCGCCCUGUUCGACACCAUCGCCAACGCCUAUCUCAUUGAGCACUGUGGUCGGAACCCUUUCAGCGUGAACAACCCCUCAUCCAAGAAGGUCGAGGGUCAAACAUCCACACUCAACGUGGGCGACGAUCAAAUUGGACUCAUUGUCUCGACCCACUGUGACUUUUUCGCAUCCGUUGCCUUCCCGGAUACCCUGGAGGUUGGCUUGCGGGUCGCCAAGCUGGGGUCAUCUAGUGUGACGUGGGAGAUUGGCGUCUUUAAGCAGGGCGAGGAGGAUGUGAAGAUGGUGGGGACCUAUACGCAUGUGUUUGUUUUGCGGGAGACAAUGCGGGUGGGCCAGGGAGGAAUGGUGAAGCAGGUACGGGAAGGGUUGGAGAAGCUUUUGAAUUCGCCGGGAGCGAAGCUCUAA